GACUCAUGUGAUUUUGUUAUAAAGAUAUAAUUUAUUUAAUUUCAAUCCAAUGUAGGUAUUGUAGUGUAACGUGUAUGAUGUCAGAAUCAGGGAAUGGUUGGAAUCCUUUAUUCUCACUGCAACACUGGGAGGACAUAGUUACACAUCACACCACAGAUGUAGAAUCUCUCCCUUCCUUCAAACGGGACGCUUACAUCGGCAAGUUCACCCCUGACUUCACAUCCUUGCUAAACGCGCCUGCGCACAAUGACCCCUUCACAUUGGAGUGUGUACGUGAUCAGCGCACGGGCGACUUUCUGUACCACAAAGAGGUACUGAAGAAUGUCGAGGAAAACACAGAUAAAUCAGUCCGCAGUUUUGUGUCACGUGCCCCAGCACCUGAGAGUGGGGAUGCUAAAGGGUCCGCGAUGGGGCGGUCGUUUUGGCCAGGGGGUUUUAGUGACAGUGAGGAGGAGGAGGAAGAGGACGUUGAAGAAACUGUUGAUUUCGUGAACAAUCUCCUCAAAAUUCCACCUGGAUUUGAGACUGGUAUGGAGUUUGUACAAGACAAUCUAGCUACAAUUGAAGACGAACCUAAGAACAUUCAGGAGCUCAUUACGAAGUUAGAUGAAGCUAUAUUAGAGCAGAAAACCAGAUCAGCAGAAAGAAAGACAGCACGAAACAUAAAUCAGUUACAGAAGGUAGCCAGAUUAAUUAUCAAUGACAGUGAUACAGAUGAGGAUGAAACAUCAGGAGCACCAGGUGGCAAGUUCCAGUGGGCUAUUGAGCUUGAUGCUGAGUCGGAGGUACCUGACUUCUACACACAGAUUGGAAAUCUCGCUUAUCAGUUCCCUUUCGAGUUAGACCCCUUCCAGAAACAGGCUAUUUUAAAGCUACACUCCCACGAUAACGUGAUGGUGGCGGCUCACACUUCAGCAGGUAAAACUGUGGUAGCUGAGUACGCUAUCGCCCUGUCCAACCAUCACAUGACUAAGGUGAUCUACACAGCACCUAUCAAAGCUCUUUCCAACCAGAAGUUCAGGGACUUUAAGGAGAAGUUCGGAGAAGUAGGCCUGUUAACGGGAGAUAUACAGAUAAACACCAAAGCAUCGUGUCUUAUCAUGACUACCGAGAUAUUGAGAUCAAUGCUGUAUAACGGUUCUGACAUUACAAGAGACCUUGAGUGGGUCAUAUUCGAUGAGGUGCACUAUAUAAACGAUAUAGAACGUGGAGUAGUCUGGGAAGAAGUUCUGAUCAUGCUCCCAGAACACGUGUCAGUGAUCCUCCUUUCCGCAACUGUAGCUAACGUCACAGACUUCGCAGAGUGGGUCGGGAACACUAAACGUAAACAGGUGUAUGUGGUUAAGACACCACGUCGACCAGUACCAUUGGAGCAUCAUCUUUACACUGGGAACAGUGAUAAGACAAGCAAGGAACUGUUUAAGAUUAUUGCGGCUAACGAUAAGAACUUUAAAACUUCGGAGUUUGAGAAGGCUAAGUCAGCUCUGGCAGCACGUAAAAAGACAAAGAAAGACGGCAACCAACGGCCUGGCAAGCAAGCAGAACGGAACACAAUUCUCUCUUUUGUGCGGAUGCUGGAACGAGAAAACCUCCUUCCUUGUGUUAUCUUCAUCUUAUCUAAAGCAAGAAUCAAUGAAUUAGCAGAAGGUUUGACAGCGUUGGACCUGACCAUUAACAAGGAAAAGGGGCUUAUCAGAGAGUUCAUUACAAAGUGUGUGGGAAGAUUGAAGGGUACUGAUCGGGACCUACCACAGAUAGUGUUCCUUAAAGAGCUCAUGAUAAGAGGUAUAGCAGUGCAUCACUCAGGCGUGCUGCCCUUAAUGAAAGAAGUCACUGAAAUGUUAUUUGAAAAGGGUCUGAUAAAACUGUUGCUAGCAACGGAGACAUUUGCUAUGGGUAUCAAUAUGCCUACCCGUACUGUGGUAUUUGAUGCUACUGAAAAGUUUGAUGGCAACUGCAAAAGAUUGCUUACAACAAGCGAGUACAUACAGAUGGCUGGAAGAGCAGGCAGGCGUGGUAAAGAUGAGACAGGGACAGUUAUUAUAUUGUGCAAAGGAAAAUUGCCUGACUACUCAGAUCUUAUCAGCAUGGUUCAGGGCAAAGCGAUAGAUCUGUCUUCGCAAUUUAAACCUACAUACAACAUGAUACUGAGUGUUCUAAAGGGUAAAGAUCUGAAAGUUGAAGAGUUGUUAAAAAGAAGUUUCGCUGAAUACGAAGAGCAGGUGAAGGCGCGUGACUAUAAACGUGACAGGAAGGGGUUAGAAAAGAAGUUAGAAGGACUUAAGCCUGUAUCCUGUCAAGUCUGCAAAAACAUAGAGCAGUAUUACAUGGACGGGAUAAUCAUGAUGGAACUGGAGACUGAUUUCAAACACCGUAUACUGAACACAGCAAAAGCGAGUAAAUCAUUGCAUCCGGGAAGGGUUGUAAUCAUCAGCACUCCAAAGUUUCCCUUUCAUCUGGCUACUAUCGUUAAUCCGAAUGUUGAUGACAAGAAGGAUAUCAGGGAACUAAAAGUGAUAGUACUUCAUUCCACCGGGUACAGUAGUGGAUUGGAUCUCAGUUCAACUAAAGAGUCGUGGGAGAGGACAGUGAUAGCACUGCAAGUAUCACCCGGAGUAAACAACCGAUCAGUUGGUGACGCUAUUAAACCUGACUCCCAAGAUGAUCCUGAUUUCACCGUGUGUAAUGUGUCUCUACUGGACUUGUCAUGUGUUCUUGUGCAAAAGGUAACUACAGAUAUGGAAGCAAUCAAGAGGAACCUGCAACAUAUGAGGUUCAAUCCGAGGAACUGGGACAGGACUCCUAUUGACGCUCUAGCGAGGGAGAUGAUGCACGGCUAUAACAAGAAACCAACGGAACUGAACUAUGAAGUGAAAGAUAUGGACGGAGUUGAUUUGUUGGGUAACAUAAUGAAGCAACGCAGUGCUAUGGCUAACUAUUCCUGCUCUAAAUGUAACACGUUUGAUGCUCACUUUAAACAGACCAGCGAGAUGAUGUGGAUAAAGAGGGAGUUAGAGCGUAUAGCGUACUCUCUAUCCUACCAGUCUCUUCAGUUUAUGCCUGAGUUUGAAUUGCGAGUCCGAGUCUUAAAGAGACUCCGGUAUCUGGGCAACGAGGACCAACUUAAACUCAAAGGGAAAGCAGCCUGUGCAAUGAGCACCUCGGAACUGGUUAUCACAGAGCUGGUAUUCGAUAACUUCUUCAAAGACCUUGAAAUUGAGGCUAUAGUUGCCAUCCUGUCUUGCAUGGUAUUCCAACAGAAGAGGUGCAGUGAUCCUGAUCUGACCCCGGAACUAGAAGCAGCUAAGAAACAGUUCCUAACUUUGGCUCACAAGAUAGUUGAAGCUGAGGUCGCUGAGAAACUGAGACCGAAUGACGCGGACUUUGAGGAGCAAUUCAGGUUCGGGCUAGUGGAAGUGGUGUACAGGUGGGCUAAAGGAGAAGAGUUCCAAGCUAUCAUGCAGUACACUGACGUGGACGAAGGCACUAUCGUCAGGUGUAUAACAAGACUAGACGAGGUUUUGCGGUGCAUUAAGGACGUGGCUAGGAUCGUAGGGGACGUGGACUUCGAGUCAAAGAUGGAGCGAGCAUCUCUUACUAUUAAACGAGAUAUUGUGUUCGCUGCUAGUUUAUACGUGCAGUAGUCACAGACUGUAGUCACAUUUCACAAACUGUUGUCUCAGUGGUAACAGAUGAGGAAUACAACCAUUCUGCAGGGAUUUUUGAAUUUGGACUGAUAUUGUCGUCUUGACAGCCUCAAUUAAGAACAUAUGCAGCUGGACACAACAGUUGAUAUAAUAUAACGGACAGCUGAUUUAUAACGGACCAUGAUUUUCAUUUAUUGAUCUUGUAAUUUCUUUGACGCAGAUUUGAUAAGACACGUCAGAGAAUGUAGCAAUAUUUCCUGUUUCUGUCUGCGUUAUCUGAGACGGCUGUCAGUUUCACCGUCUACAGAACCUUCUAGAUAUUUUCAACAUGACGACAUAUUCUCUCGGAGAUAAAACACUGCCGCUUCCUGUUGUUGAUGUGCAGAAGUGAGGCCGAAUCCUCGGCCGAAUAAUGACAAGGCCGUGUAACUGUGAUUGUGUAAUACGAUUACACGAACCGGAAGCUGUGUUCCUUGAUUUCCGGUUAUGUGCGCGUUUCAGUAGCCGUGCUACAUGUCAAAUGAUAUAGACUGUAAUUAAUUGCUGCUCAAUUUAAAACGGUGUUACUUGUUAUUUGUAUAGCAUCGUCAAGCAAGGAAUGCUGUUUUCUUUCGUUAAAGAUUUUGUUUGUAUUUUUACAAAUUGUUACAGUUUUAAAAGGGUUGUGGUGGCAGUCAAAUUAAUUAGAUUCGAAUUAAGGUUUUAAUUUAUUUGUGCGUGACUAUCACUUACUCACUUAGGACCAUAUUGCCAUAUUUAUUCAGACAAAUAUUUACCAGUUUUUACCAAAUGUUUGUACUUUGUAUGAUUUAAUUU